AUGAAGCACAUGCUCUUAUUGGGUGUCGUUUUUACUGCCAGCGUGGCAAAUGCGUUGUAUCUCGCUGAUUGCGACCAGGACGUCAAUUGCGUUUGCCGAGCAGAUCGAAAAGGCCAACUUAAGUUGGACAAUGGGAAACUAUUUGUCUGUACCGAAAGUGGAUGGAAUCUAUACGAAGAGUAUGGGGACGAGUCUCAACCGGGUUCUUCCUGCAAAGAUAUUAAGAAUCACAAAGGAGAAGAAAGCGCAAAUGGGAUCUACUGGAUCAAACUAGAGGGUAUUACUCAGGUUUUAAGCUGGGAUUUAAGUUCAGGACCUAGCUAG